UACUCGAGUAUAUCUUACAUCAACUACCUUCACUAUGAUCUCAACGAUAUCUCGGUGCGCUCGAACUCCAGGAUGGCAGUUGGCCGCUGCAAAUUCAAUUCGGACACAACCAUUCACUGCAAAGGCUCCACGUUUCAAUGAGAAACCGCUUGAGCAACCCAAUGAGCAGUCCAGCGAGCAGUCCAACGAGCGACCCAACGAACGGCCCGGCGGGCCAUCCGCCCCCACCAUGGUGCGACCGACGCUUCGGCGAAUCAUGUUACCUCUUGAUCGAGCUGGGCGAACAGCGUCGGCGGAUGUGAUAGCAUGCAUCAAUGAAGAGGAAAUGGAGGAAAUCCUGUUAGGCCGUACAAGAUACCUGUACCGAAAAUUCUUCUUCCAUGAGUACACAAGACAUGUCUGGCUGUAUGUCAAGAGGCCGGUUGGAAAGCUCGCUUAUGUCGCAGAGAUCGGGGGCUGCAGGCGUGUUCCUGAAGAAUUGGAGAUGUUGCCCUAUUACACAAAUAAGAGGAUGGAAAGCUUGCGUGAGGCUAGGGCUGCCGACAAAAUGGGGACGAUCAGCCGUGGUGCCGGGGAGGGUGCUGUUGAUGGGAGAAUCGAGGCUCUUCCCAACAUAACCUACUACGCUGGGAAUCUCAGGAGGUCUGAGUUACCGGGCCUCCCGAGUGUGGCCUACGCAUGGGAUUACUUGCGAGGAGCUGUGGGAAAAGGGAUUUUUGCAGUCCCCGCCACCUCCGAAAUAUAUCAAUGCCCGGGAUCGUAUGUUGUCGUACCUACCGUUGGCGAAGCAGAGGAAGUUGUUUUGAGGACAUAGAUUUGGUAUCGUGGUACUUGCGGUGGAACCAAAUGGGAUAUGGGGUUGUUUUCAAUUGCUUCUUUUUUCUUGAUGUAUCCGUCGUUAGACCUGUCAUUCGGUUUUUAAAAGUUUCGAGGUCAUGGCCGAAUGUAGAGCAACUUGUAAAAUAGAGCGAAUCUCCCCUUCCCCACUGGAAAUGCGGUCAAAAAAGAA